UCUUCACCUUCUUUGGUUUAAAACACUCUUUCUAAAAUCACAAAUCCCCUAAAAUUUCCCUCCUUUCUCAAAGUAUGGCUUUGAAGUGGCUCUUAAAUUCUGUCUUCACUCACACACUUGUACACGUACCUGAUCAGAAACAAGGCCUAACUACCGAGAAAGUUAACUUACAGGCCAAAGAGACUGGUGUUAGCACCUUCCAAAUGCCUCUCCAUUACCCACGAUACAAAAAGGCGGACUAUGAGAAUAUGGAGGAAUGGAAGGUGGACAUGCUGUUGAAUCAGUAUGGUCUUGGUCAUCACGUCAAGGGUUCCCUUGACACGAAGAGGAAGUUUGCUAUGGGAGCAUUCCUCUGGCCUGACCAGCUCUGAAUCAUUCAGUUAUUCAACAUGGUGCUUCUGAAAGGCCUUUAAGAACUGGAGUUGCCUAGAUAAUAUGGGGACUUACAAGGCCUGUUAACGUUUAAGAAAUAUAUACUACUACCUCCGUCUAGAUUUAGUUGUCACAACUCAUGACACUAAUGCGAAUUACCAUACCAACGUGACAAUUAUAUCUAGACGGAGGGGGGACUGUCUUAUAUAUAUAGGUAAUAAAACAUAAGUGGUGCUCUCUAGCAUGUCUUUUAAGUCCUGUAAGGAGGUCACUCAGUCAUUUGGUCCGGGUUGCCCACAGUUUCAGACAACUUAGUAUGAAGUUGGGGAGAAAGGAAGGGAAAUUUAAAGAGUAUUCUUUAGCUAGUAGAUUGUGAAGGAGUUUUUUUGUAGUAUACUACCUCCGUUAACUUUUAUUUGCAACUUUGGGGUAUUAUU